GCCCCCUCCCGCGCAGGGCAGAGCACGUAGUGCCGGCGCUGGCGGUGCCCGGCAGUUGUCGGUGGUCGGCGGCCGUUGCGGGAUGUCGGGACUGACGCUCCUGUGCGCGGUGGCGGCGCUGCUUCUGGCGGCCGGCGGGGCCAUCCCGCCGCCGGAGGAGGCAGCGCGCAUGGCGCGCUUCGUGCUGCACAAUUGCGACUGGGGCGCUCUGGCCACGCUCUCCGCGCAGGAGGGGCUGCGCGGCCGCCCGUUCGCCAACAUCUUCUCCCUCAGCGACGGGCCUCCCGGGCCAUUCGGCGGCAGCGGCGUCCCAUACCUUUACCUGACCGACAUGGAGAUCUCCGUGCAGGACCUGGAGAUCAAUUCCAAUGCCUCCUUGACUGUGUCUUUGGCACAGACUCCUUACUGCAAGAAGCACAAAUAUGAUCCCCAGAAUCCCCUCUGUGCUCACAUAAUCUUCUGUGGGAGUAUUGUAAAGGUGAAUGAUUCAGAAGCAGGCUUGGCAAAAAAGGCAUUAUUCAGUCGCCACCCUGAGAUGGAAAGUUGGCCUAAGGAUCAUAACUGGUUCUUUGCCAAAUUCAACAUCACCAAUAUUUGGGUGCUGGACUACUUUGGUGGACUGAAAAUUGUGACACCAGAAGAAUACUACAGUGUCAAGCCUUAGUAAGUACUUGAGUUUUGCAUGCUUAACUCUCAGUAUAUUC